AUGAAACCAUCCUCACUCCUCCCAUUCCUCCUCCUCCUCCUCCUCCCCACCGCCACCGCCGCGGCUGUCACCGACGACGACGCCUACUCCCCGGCGGUGAUCCUCACCGUCUGCGGCCCGGCCCCGACCCCCGACCCGACAGCGUUCGACAUCAACUUCGCCACGGCGAUGGAGACCCUCCACCAAAACAUCUCCGCCUCCGGCUACGGCACCACCGUCGCGGGGGCCGGCGCCGCCAAUGCGGUGUACGCCGUCAGCGAGUGCUUUGCGUACGUGUCGCCGACCACCUGCCAGCUGUGCUACGCGGAGAUUCGGCUCGACAUCCCCCGGUGCCUCCCCGCCGACGACUCUCGCGUAUACCUCGACGGCUGCUUCGGCCGGUACGCCGGCCGGAACGUCACCGGCGACGCGGUCGACGCCGCGGACGCUGCGGUCUGCGGGAACGCCUCGGUGGACGCCGAGGACGCGGCGGCGUUCCGCGACGUAGCGGCACGGCUCGUCGGGAACCUCACAACAGCGGCCGAGAGAUGUCGGACGCGACUAAUCAUUGCUCUAACAUUAACUUCUGCUGCAGUGGCAGCAUUGCUUGUCACUGUAAUAUGGAUCAAGAUAAACUCCAGAACAAAUUUAACAGAUGAUACCGACGGUUCGCGACAUAUAAUUCGAAGAAUUUCGGCGUCUCACCUUAGUUUCAAAUAUGAAGAUCUGAGAAAAGCAACAGAUAACUUCAAUCUAAUCAACAAGCUUGGCCAAGGCGGAUUUGGUUCUGUUUAUAAGGGGGUUUUACCAGAUGGAAAGGAGAUUGCAGUAAAGAGGCUCUUCUUCAAUGCGACGCAACGGGCUGAUCAGUUCUUUAACGAAGUUAGCCUCGUCAGUCGUGUUCAGCACAAAAACCUCGUAAAGCUACUAGGAUGCAGCAUCGAAGGGCCCGAGAGCCUCCUCGUCUACGAGUUUCUCUGCAACACCAGCUUGGAUAGCUUCUUAUUCGAUUCUUUCAAGAGAAAUGUACUGGAUUGGGAGAAGCGACUCGAGAUUAUUGUCGGGACAGCGGAGGGGUUAUCUUAUCUCCAUAAUGCAUCUGAAGUGAGGAUCAUACACAGGGAUAUAAAAGCCAGUAACAUAUUGUUGGAUGAGAGGUUUAAGCCGAAAAUAGCUGAUUUUGGCUUGGCUCGGUACUUCAUGGAGGAUCAGAGCCAUCUUAGCACCGGAAUAGCUGGAACUUUUGGUUAUAUGGCUCCCGAGUACAUCGUGCAUGGGCAGCUUACGGAGAAAGCCGAUAUCUAUAGCUACGGGAUACUCGUUCUUGAGAUUAUUACGGGCCGAAAGAACAACAACUCUGUGGAUGACUCACCUGAAGGCCAAUCUCUCAUGUCGCAGAUAUGGCGGCAGUUCAAAUCGAGAACGCUAAUAGAAAUGCUCGAUCCGUGCCUUCGCAAUCGGUGCUCGGACGAGGAAGCUCUCAAGGUGUUCCAAGUGGGUCUUUUAUGCUCGCAAGCGUCGCCAAAUCUUCGGCCGCCAAUGUGGAAGGUGGUGGAGAUGCUGAACAGCGGAUCGAAAGAACUGCCUUCUCCGACUCAGCCUCCCUUCAUCGACAUCAAGGGGUCAAAUGCUAACAAAAGCAACAGCUCCGAGUCCUCUUCUCUCUUGUCGUCCUCAUCGAAGUCCCCAUUUUCGUUGAAUAAGUUGUCGGUGAGUGACAUGGAAGCAAAGUAAUCUGGGAAAAAGAAAAGAAGAGGGCAACAUACAUGUUUUAUCUACAUAUUAAUGCUUCUGCUUGCAUACCUCUGCAAAUAUACAAAUACAGUUACAAACCUCUAUGCAUUGAUAUCCAAAGAAGGCGCGAUUCGCAGGGACUCUACAAUCUCACAUAUUUUGAGGAGUAUAUAUAUGCGAAAAACACUAUAGAUUGCAGAUUUAGUUGAGGCAUUUUUAUCCUGCUGCUUAAAGAGUCAUUCCUAGAUUUUUUUUUUUUAUUUUUUUUCAUUUAUUAACAGUUUUCUUGGAACAAUGUAUAGUGCCAUAUGUCAAAAAUAACAUCAUACUUUGUAACAUUUUGUGUCAUAUAUAUCAUCUCAUAAUUAGAUGAAGAGG